AUGACGCUGUGUCAAUGGCCCGCCCUUCCCAUCAAGCUCCUCCCCCUCCCCACGGCCCUACCGCCUCAGGCCUCUCGGCCUUCCGGUCGCACCUCACACCUCCGCCCAGCCGCCGAGCUCUCGCCGCAGGCCCCUCCCUCGCCCGCGGCUCCAGUGGGCCCGGGCAGCUCCAGUGGUGUCCGCACGCCCCCGCAGGCCUCCUGGCGGCGCGAGAGUGGGAGGAAGGCCUGCAGCCUGGCCCCCCGAGCCGCGCCACCGCCCCAGGAUAGGAGGCGGUGGCCGCCCGAGGAGGAGGGGACGGAGCGUGAUAGCCCUGGGCGCCGCCCCUUCGGCGCCUCAGAGGGCCUGUUUGCCGACGGGCACCGUCUGUGGACUCUGUGCUCGGUGCUGCUGCCCGUGUUCAUCACCUUCUGGUGCAGCCUCCAGCGGUCGCGCCGGCAGCUGCACCGCAGGGACAUCUUCCGCAAGAGCAAGCAUGGGUGGCGCGACACGGACCUGUUCAGCCAUCCCACCUACUGCUGCGUGUGCGCGCAGCACAUCCUGCAGGGCGCCUUCUGCGACUGCUGCGGGCUGCGCGUGGACGAGGGCUGCCUCAAGAAGGCCGACAAGCGCUUCCACUGCAAGGAGAUCAUGCUCAAGAAUGACAGCAAGGCCCUGGACGCCAUGCACCACCACUGGAUCCGGGGCAACGUGCCCCUGUGCAGUUACUGUGUGGUUUGCAAGCAGCAAUGCGGCAGUCAACCCAAGCUCUGCGAUUACAGGUGCAUUUGGUGUCAGAAAACAGUACAUGAUGAGUGUAUGAAAAAUAGCUUAAAGAAUGAACAGUGUGAUUUUGGAGAAUUCAGAAACCUCAUCAUUCCACCAAGUUAUUUAACCUCCAUUAAUCAGAUGCGUAAAGACAAAAAAACAGAUUACGCAAUGCUAGCGUCUAAGCUUGGAAAGCAGUGGACUCCAUUAAUAAUCCUGGCCAACUCUCGUAGUGGAACUAAUAUGGGAGAAGGACUGCUGGGAGAGUUCAGGAUCCUCCUAAAUCCCGUACAGGUUUUUGAUGUUACUAAAACUCCUCCUGUCAAAGCCCUGCAACUUUGUACUCUUCUUCCCUAUUACUCAGCUCGAGUCCUUGUUUGUGGAGGGGAUGGGACUGUGGGCUGGGUCCUGGAUGCAGUUGAUGAAAUGAAGAUUAAGGGACAAGAGAAAUACAUUCCACAAGUUGCAGUCUUGCCUCUGGGAACGGGCAACGAUCUAUCUAAUACCUUGGGUUGGGGUACAGGCUAUGCGGGAGAAAUCCCAGUCACACAAGUCUUAAGAAACGUGAUGGAAGCAGAUGGAGUUAAACUAGAUAGAUGGAAAGUUCAAGUAACAAAUAAAGGAUACUACAACUUAAGAAAACUCAAGGAAUUCACAAUGAACAACUAUUUUUCUGUUGGACCUGAUGCUCUUAUGGCCCUCAAUUUUCAUGCUCAUCGUGAGAAGGCACCAUCUCUGUUUUCUAGCAGAAUUCUUAAUAAGGCUGUUUACUUAUUUUAUGGAACCAAAGAUUGUUUAGUGCAAGAAUGUAAAGAUUUGAAUAAAAAAGUUGAGCUAGAGCUGGAUGGUGAGCAAGUAGAACUGCCGAAUUUGGAAGGUAUUAUCGUUCUGAACAUUGGCUACUGGGGCGGUGGCUGCAGACUGUGGGAAGGGAUGGGAGAUGAGACUUACCCUCUAGCCAGGCAUGAUGAUGGUUUACUGGAAGUUGUUGGAGUAUAUGGGUCUUUCCACUGCGCUCAGAUUCAAGUGAAACUGGCAAAUCCUUUUCGAAUAGGACAAGCACAUACAGUGCGGCUGAUCUUGAAGUGCUCGAUGAUGCCAAUGCAGGUAGAUGGGGAGCCAUGGGCCCAGGGGCCCUGCACUGUCACCAUAACCCACAAGACACACGCGCUGAUGUUAUAUUUCUCUGGAGAACAAACAGAUGACGACAUCUCUAGUACUUCAGAUCCAGAGGACACAAAGGAAACGGAGUAGGUGGAGGAGGAAAAGAGAACUUAGUGUAGAAUCCUCACAAACGAGUAGAUACACAUUCAUCCAAAAUAGAACUCUGUCAACUGGUUUAGUCUUCAUUUCAUCAGUAGUGUAAUGGGUAUACAUUUAUGUAAAUAGCAUUCCAAAAACAGCCAGAGCUCCGGUUGUUUCCAAAUGCCUGGUUUUUUUUCAGCAAACGCUUUGAUCAUGUAGCACUAACUGAAAGUCACAGGACGUUCCAUGAAGGCUCUGUGUUUGAGAGUUGGCUCGCUGAAGUGUGCGCUCUCGUUCCUUAUUCUUGAACCACACAGUUGAUGGACACAUACAUGCAACAAGAUGUGGGUGGAAAAAUCAUUUCCAUCUUAAUUUUUACUGUGGUGACACCGUAACGUUUUAAAAAUUACUUGCGUUUUUGAAAGGAGAUAGUUGGUGUCAAACUGCCAUGGUUCAUGCUGGAGAUCCUCCCUGCAGCAUGCCUCUUAAGAUUUCCUACAGCCCAGCACCAAGUGGAUCCAUAAAGAUCUGUUUCCAGGAAACCCCAAAAGGAGAAAUGUAAAAGGAAGACAACACUCAGAUUUUUUAUUUUAAAUUUUAUUUUAGGAACAUUUUCAGACCCCCUAAUGUUGUUUGGUUAACUCUGUUAAUGACCAAGUUGAGCUUAAAUUCAGCAUCUUGUUUAAUCCCAGUGUAGCCAAAAGAGAACCACCUAGGUGAAUUGCAAAAUUAACACUCAGAGCACUUUGGAUUGGAAGUUACAGGUUGUGGAACUUCCCUCGUGGUCCAGUGGUUAAGACUCCGCGCUUCCGUUGCAGGGGGAGUGGCCAAAAAAAGAAAAGAAAAGAGAAAGUUACAGGUUUAAAGCUGGAUGGUUCACCAACUUCUCUUUUGAUUAAAAGCAGUGUCAACAAUUCAAAAAAAUGUACUAAAGAAAAUUUACCAGAUUAAUUGCCAAAAAAAGUUCAGUGUUAAUUGAUAAGUUUUAAAAAUUUAGUGGUCUGGUAGUAUUUUGAAAUAUAGUAGUCUUUUAUAUCCAAAGUACUUAACAGAAUUUCCCCUUGGGGAAGUGGAUAUAGAAUCCUCUGCUAAAAUGUUUAUAUCAUAUUUAUUGUAAAAUGAGAGAUAUAUUUUUUUUACUUAUUUAUUUUCUUCAUUGUCGUAUACCUGUGUUUAGUGUUUACAGUAUAUUUACAAUAUUGUCGUAUACCUGUGUUUAGUGUUUACAAUAUAUUGCUUUGUUUAAUAAAUUGAUCACAUAAAUUCUGCUACUCACAAUCAGAUAGAAGUGUAGCCUAAGUAAUAGUUGAAACCCAUAACUUAAUUCUCCUGACAGAUGUAUUAUGUAGACAUCCUCAUUCUUCAGGGAUAUGCCGAGGGUGCUCCUCUGCUGCUCCCCAACCUACUCCCUCAGGUCCUGCCGUGGGGCCGCCCCAGGGGGCCUCCAGCCUGGUGUUUUUAGGACAAAUGGCCCAUUUGUGGGUUUGGUGGUCUUUCAUGACAUUAAUCUCUGAAGGAUUGGAAUGUAUCCCCCCAAACACCAUUAGCUCCCCUUAAGGGUCUAUUAUGAAUCUGUCAUCUAUUAUGGAUUGCCAGAAACUUAAAUUUCAGUCGCCUUCAGGCCCAGGCCAUGUUUUGAAGGAACAACUAAGUAGUGUAUACAGUAGUCAAUACAUUACAUUAGAAUGCUUUUAUUUUGCUUAAAUUAACCUCUUCCAGAUCUCGGUGGGAGCAGCUGAGUUCUAGUAUUCUUAAGAUUUUGUGAGCAGAGCUGUUUUCACCUUAUUCUUAUACCAUUCAUGGUAGGUUGCCUAUUGCGGUGGUAGGAGAGUUUGUAGAUUUUCUUUCAAGGGGCUGAUCAUGUUUUGAGUAUAAUGAGCUUCAUUGUUUAAUUCACGGUCAAAAUUGUUACAGAUACCACAUUUUACAAAUAUACUGUUAAAUUCACUUUGCUUUAGACUAUAUUUUAUCUAUAAUUCAUAGUGCUAAUUAUAGGAUCAAAGAAAAUAGUUAAUAUGGGAUAUCAGAAUUAAAAUAAUCAAAAUAACUCGUUUUUUUAAUUUUUAAAACUGUAUAAUGUUACAUUUGAUUUAGAACAGAUUUAUAUACAACACCCUCGUUUAUUUAAAAACAAAUUGUUUUUUCAGUUUUCAUAAUCCAGUGAAGUUUUUUCCCUGCUUGACCCUUCACAAAGUUUAUCUGUUAUUGUAUUCACUCAUUCAGACUUAAUUUUUAUUUAGGAAAGUUAUUUCAGAAUACCAUAUCAUAAAACAUACUAUCUUAUUUUUUAAAAAUUCACUAACAUUUUAGGCACAUUUACUCAGCAUUUCAAAUAAAUGUGUAGGCAUGUGCCUUGUUUUAAAUAAGUACAAUUUAUAAGACUCAUGUUUGCAAGUUAUAUUUUAGGGUAGCAAUUGUUGACAUUACCAGGGAUUCCACACUUUACAAAACAUAAUUUGCCACAGGAUUUUUCUGUUCCAUUUUAAACUGUCUUGAUUUAAAAAAAAAAAAAAAGUAACUUCUAAAUUCUCAGGAAGAAAUGUGGUAAAGCAUGUCUUCAUGUCUGUUUUCAGAUUUCUCUCAUCUUUUACUGUUCUAUUACAUUCCUAACUCCUCACAAACUUAGUAGUUUAAAUACUGAAUACCUGGCAGCUCUUAGGGAUCCUGUAAGUAGAUGGAGAUAAUUUUCAGUGCUUUGUUAUGUUUAAUAGAAAUCAAACUGACUUGUGUUUUAAAAUACAAGUUGUCUAAUGGUAAGAUUACAUGAUCUUAAAUGUGUUUUAGGUUUUCUGCAACAAUUAGCUGUGAACCCUUAAUGUAGCUAAUGUUUAUAAAAUUUUAUAGUCAAAAUUAUUUAUUUUUAUUUUUUUAGGGUGUGUCAAAAAACAUGUAGUAUUUGCUUUUUGAAAUAUGUUUGCCUACUUAGAGUUGGGAAAUAUACUUUGACUCAGAAAUUGUAAACAGUUCUUUUUGUGCUGUAAAAAUGAAUACUACCAGUAUGUCAAAAGAAAAAUAGUAUGCAUUUGUAAUAUAAAGUAAAAUUGUAUUUAAUGUAUAUUAUGGAAUUUUAAAUUUGUGCUUAGAAAACUUUAAAGGUGAUGUUAAUUUACAGAUUCAUGUGGAUCUGAAUACGUAAUUUGUACUUGUUCAGCCGAAAAGGUCAAUAGAGUGGCUGAUAGCUUUGUGUGGUUUUUCCCUCAAAAUGAUAACACUGAAACAAGAACCAGCACUUUAUAUUCAGACUUUUUAAAAAUUCUGCCUAAUUUGGGACAAUGGAACGUAGGUAGAUUUACUUUAAAAAUCUAGAAAUUUAAAAAGAAAAAAUAGUGUUGUUACUCUAUGCCAAUCUGAAUGAAGGUGUGUUCUCAGCGACACGACGGAAGAGGUUGCUUUGGUUUUGCUUUUUAGGAGUAUGCCCCUGCCUUUCUCAAAUUUUCCCUUGAAGGCUUAUCUCCUGUUUCUCAAAGUAUGCUCUGCAGUCUGUCUGCAGCAGCAGAAUCACCUCAGGAGCUGGUUGACAGUGUGGCUGCCUAAGCCCAGCAACCAGCCCUUGACUUGAGGAAUCGGGGUCUCUGGAGGUGGGACCUCGGCCUCUCUGGUUUCCUUAACAGGCACCUCACGUGCUUCUGAUGCGCACUGAAAUUUUAAAGUUACUCGUCUGUACCUCCUGUGUUCACCCAGGGCUUUUGCCGGCUAGAUACUAUGCAGAAAUUUUGAAUUAAUUGGAUGUUCUUAAAUUUGUUUUUCCUUCACUCCACUAACUGCUUUCUUCCCCCCAAAUCUUUCUUCUAAAGGAACUCUAUGAAAAAUUGGUUUGUCUCCUAUCCAAAUUGAUAAACUCUGUUACAUAAAAAUUGGUAGCCUCAGAUUUUUCUGUGGAACUAUAGGUUCUGGGCUAUGAUCCGUGGAGUCUUGGAGGACAAGCAGUGCUUCAGGGGCCAGUGGAGUGGAGCCCACUGGGGCUUCUGCUUUCUCCCCACGCCGGGGUGCUGCUUCAGAUCAGAUUUCAGUAGAUAAAACACUUCUUCUUUUAAAAAAAAAAGUUUCCAUUAUUUUCUUUCAAAGAGUUUGGAAGCCACUAUAAUGACUCUGUCACCUGGUUAAUUUUCUACUGAUUUUUACAUAUUCAGAAACCUCGUGUUUUUUUGUAAAAAGAAUAUUUUGGAUGUCUCAGUUGCUGCCUGGAAUAUGGCCACUUGGAAUAUGGCUAUUUCACAAAUUUUGAAGGCAUUUUGUUGAAUAGUAAAGCACUGACUUAGCCUCUGUUCCUUGUACUUCUAAUUUUAGUAAAGUAUAGAAAUGGUCUGUGUAUUUAAUUUUAGUUAUGUAAAUACACACACACACACACACACAUUUACCCCCAUGGCCCUGACUGUGCAGUCAGUGCAUGAGGCUCACAGGUCUCAGAAAGGUGCAUUCUAAGGUUCUGGAGAAAGAAUCAAAAAAUGUCACCCUCUAAUACAGAAGUUCACAAAACUUAAAUGAAAUGAUUGAGGUUAGUCACCUACAGAAAUGUCUGCAGAAAAUAAGUCACCUAGAAGCUAUAAAUUUAAGUGUACUGCUGAUAGUAGACCUAGGACACUUCAGUCUCUGCAAAGGUGCCCUGAGCUACCUCACCGAUAAAGGAAAGUGUCAAAGCAGAACGCACCUUACAAGAUAAACUAUAGGAAAUCGCCAUCACGUGGUACUUUUUUGAUGACUGACACGGAAUGUGGAAAAGAGAACUGGAAAGUUAGAUUGCUUUCCUUGUUCCUCUAACGUUGUCCAGGCAAAGGGACAACCUGAUCGGAUGAGAAGAUUGGGCUAUCUGAGCAAAUUCCUCUAGAGUAAGGAAGGGCGCUUUGUGUACUUGGGUGACAAUGGCUCAUAAGAACUUUUGUUCUCAUUACUCCGGUUCUGGGCUCUGCCAGCAGUCUUUUUCUCAAAUUUGAUCAGCUUGAAUGAGCCCAGCACGUAAAUCGGCGCUCUGGUUUUAGUUCUGUUUUGUGCAAGUUUAGAGCAGCCAGAUCCUUGGCCCUGAUCACUUGCAGGUGAACUGACUGAAUCGGCUCUGUGAACCCACAGUAUCAAGGACACUUGUGAUGGGUCUGCUCGAGCAGCCAGCUGGCCUCAUGUACUUUCUCCCCCCUUGGCCUCAGUACUAUGUCCCUAUCACUAAUUACCCUGUGUUAAUUGCUUUUGUUUUGUUGGGUCUGUAUUGUGGUCAAUGCCUACAGACAGAGAAAUGUGAAUUAAAGAAUUUGAUACGUUGAUGAUGUUUGCUUGUUUUUUAAUAAAGUGCAGCACUUGAAAAGUGUGA